AAUUAGAAAGGCAUGGCUCUUGGUUAUGCAUUACUUUCGAAAAGAAGUGGCCAAAAUCCCGAAAGAAUUAUUCAGAACUGUUUGAGGGAAGAAAUUUAUUGAGCUACAAUUCCUUUUUACGGAGUAAUAUAUUUUGACCAAAAAUAAUUCCGAUUUUCCUUAUUAGCCAGCCAGGGUAGAAUAGUAAAUAAAUUUAAAUCCUUCAAAAAAUAUGUCAAGAUUAAAUCCUUGAUCUUUUUUUUUUUUAAAUUCAUUUCAAAUGAUAAUUGAAUACAUUAUUUAUCUAAUAUUACUUUUAUUCUAAACUUAUCAACAUCUGAAUAAUAAUAACAUACUUAGUGUAAUCCUCCACUUGACAAAACUAAAAUGUGAACAUCUGUUUAGUCCGUAUUUGCUUACUCUUGAUUAUAGAUGUUGGAUUUUGGACUUAAUUUUCUAUAUUUAGAUUUUUCUAAGGAAGAAAUUCAUAAUACAAAAUAAACGAAUUCUAGAAUACAAAUUUACAAACAUUGGAUAAAAUUUACCAAGUUUGGAUCCAAAACCGAAAAGCGGUAACGUCGCCCUUUAAAACGCUUUAGGCGCCGAAAAGCUAUUUAGGGUUUCCCCUUCUCUCUAUAUAAACAAAAAUCUCUGUGAAAUCGCUACAUUCUCAAGGGUUUGGGACCUUUGAGAUCAAUCGAUUCGGUUAACAAUGGCGGUGGAAGCUUCGAGAAUGACUGGUACAGUUUCCAAGUUCAAUAACCAAAAGGGUUACGGCUUCAUCAAACCUGAUGAUGGAUCCGAAGAUCUGUUUGUUCAUCAAUCUGAGAUCAAAUCUGACGGCUACCGUUCUCUCAACGAAGGCCAGAAGGUGGAGUUUACUAUGACUGUGAAGGGUGAUAAGUAUCAGGCGAUUGAUGUUACUGGACCUGAUGGUGCUCCUUUAAGUAAUGGCCGUAAUGGCGGCAGGGGAAGCGGUAACAUCCGUGGUGGUGGUGGUGGUGGGUAUGGGUAUGGUGAUGGUGGUUAUGGUUAUAGGAGGAAUGGUGGUGCUGGUGAGUGUUAUAACUGUGGAAGGACUGGACAUUUGGCUAGGGAGUGUAGUCAGAUCAGUGGAGGUGGUGGUGGUGGAAGAGGUGGUGCGUGUUAUAACUGUGGCAUCCCUGGACAUUUAGCUAGGGAUUGUGACCGUGCUGCUGUUGGUGGUGGUGUAGGAGGAGGAAGUGGUGGUGGUGGUUGUUACACUUGUGGUGGGUUUGGCCACAUGGCUCGAGAUUGUCCGAGUGCUGGACGUAUUGGUGGUGGUCGUGGUGGUGGAGGUAGCGGGGCUUGCUAUACCUGCGGUGCACAAGGACACUUGGCAAGGGAAUGUCCCGGUGAGGGAGGUGGUAAUUUUGGGAGAUAUGGUGGAGCUGGUAGUGGAGGAAACAAGUGUUACAACUGUGGAGAGCCGGGGCACUUUGCAAGGGAAUGCAGUAGCCAAUCCGUGAAGUGAUCAUGUACAUGAUCUUUCUCUUUUUUACUCUAAAUCCUCUUAGUACUAUUUUUGUUAGCAAUGGACAUGUUUUCCUAGUUGUUUGGAUUAGCUUUAUAUGUCUGGAUGUUCUUUUGGAAUUCAUGGCUUUGGAUGCGAAGUUUUGUUUGAUUGGUUUAUAUGCAGUGAGUAUAUAGAAAUGCUGAAAGUUCAA